GGUUGUGAGUCAAAGCUUGGUUUUUCUCUCGCCAAAAUAUUGUAAUGACUACGAUGUUGAUGAAUGUGUGCAAGUGUCAUUCCCUCCUCAUUGUGUAAAGCAUAUGUGAAUUGUGCAUCUACGAAUCAGUGCUCCGUUUUUAUUUUAAAAAAUUACUUAUUUUUCUACGUAGAACAAUGUCGAAAACCCUAUCCGUCAAGAAUCUGUCUACUACUAUAUCUACCACAAAAAAUAUAUCCACGCAUGAUUUGUUGAAGAAGCGUAAGUGGUAUCAUCGCCGGCCGUUGCUUAGAAACGCCCUGUUUACAGAUCUGCAGAAAGGCAGCUACAUAGCAUCGAUUUAUACUUUAGUCCAGAGUAUCUUUACUCAGAUUUUGGCAAUAUUUGACCUUUAUGUGCUUAUUGAAGCUAGCCCAGGUUCAACACAUUACAGAUAUUUUGGAAUCAAUUUCCUUUUUGUCUACAGUGGAAACAAACAUAUCAGAAACCUCUUAAUAUUAUGCUCAGUUGUUUCAUUCUUCCUUGCAAUAUAUAUGUUAGUUGUAUCUGUUAUUUUGAUGAGAGCUUUAAGAAAGGAAGUGGAACAGAAAUUUAAGCCAUGGCUUAUUGCAGCAGUUGUCUUUACAACAUGGAAUUUCUGUUCAAUAUUUUUUAAAUCUAUUGUAAAUGAUUUAUAUUAUGGAUAUCACCAAGCAAUGCUGAUCAUAUGGACACUUAUGCUGUUCUUCAAUGUGUUCUUUAUACUUGUGGUUUUAUCAAAUUAUCAGGAAUUAGCAGAUAUAACAAGACUUGAAGACAUGGCUAGACUAAAAACUGGCACAAUGAGUAGCUUGAACACUACAUCACACAGUUUGUCUCAUUACUCAGUGAACAUGCUUGGUGGUGCUCAGUCUAGAGCUUCUACUCCUCAUGGAAAUCCUCCUCCUUCCGGUUUUGCUGUUGUCUGAUAAUGUCAUAUUGAUUUACACUUUUCUGUUUUUAUUAAUAUCAGGAUCUGAAGUCAUUCCUUUUUGGAAUCAUUUUGUUUAUGUAUUUUCUUCAUUUAUUGUGUAUUUUAUUCCAUAUGCAUGAUAUUGGUCACAUGCUUGCAUUCAUGUGAAAAUGAUUCAGUUGAAUCUUAUUUGAGACUUGAGUAAUAGUAAUUGUUUAUUGUACUUUUUUGUUUUUAAAAUACUAUCCCGGUUUUUGUAUGAACCAGUGACUUCGUUGUGUGAAAUGUUUUUGUGAUAUUUUAUUUUAAUGAAUAUGUGCAGGUUUGGGAUUUCAUUAAAUAAUUAUUAGAAUUAUAUAUAUAUAAGUAUGUUAUAUUUGUUGCAGAAGUAAAUAUAGAAAUUUAAAGUGUGAGCUUUUGUAUAAAUUCACAUGUUUGAUAUGUAAGAUUUUAUGAGAUAAAACAUGCACUAAAUUUUUAGACCUGACAUAUUAGGUAUGUUGAGGUAUUCACCUUUUCCUAAGUUAGAUACACCUCUAUUAAUACAUAUUCUUGUAAUGAAAUUUUUAUGCAAUGAGGUUUUUUAAAAAAGUAUCUCAUAUUAUAGUAUAUAUUAUCAAUAUUUUUUUUUGUGUGCAUUUUAAUAACAAAUGCAUCCAAAUAUUAAAUCUAGAUAAACACAAAUUUUAACUGCUUUUUUCUUUA